AAAGCAUUGUGAAUAAUAAAAAGAACACAAUCAAUAAACGAAUUAGCACUUGUAGUCGUAAUACAAUCAAAAUAGAGGUUUGCGCUGUUACCCGAAGCAAAACCUCUCUCCCUUAUAUCCCUUAUUUUUUCCAAUUCCCCCAAAUUUUCCCACACACUCUCUCUCUCUUGAUCUGUGUGUUUCUCUCUCUCACUGCACUUUGAGUUCACUCCAAUUCCAUCAAAUUGGAUCUCACUCGGAUCGCUAGGGUUUACGGAAUUCCUUCUGUCGGUUCCGAUUCUAGUCAGUUAAAAUGCCUCUCAGACUCGAAAUCAAGAGGAAGCUUGCUCAAAGAUCCGAAAGAGUUAAAUCUGUGGAUCUACAUCCUACGGAGCCAUGGAUACUGACAAGUUUGUACUCGGGGGCUGUGUACAUCUGGAAUUACCAGACUCAGACACAGGCUAAAUCCUUCGAGGUCUGCGAACUGCCAGUUCGAUCUGCCAAGUUUAUAGCACGUAAACAGUGGGUUGUUGCUGGUGCUGAUGACAUGUUUAUCCGUGUUUACAAUUACAACACGAUGGACAAGGUCAAAGUCUUCGAGGCACACACAGAUUAUAUUAGAUGUGUGGCUGUCCAUCCUACUCUUCCGUAUGUGCUUUCAUCUUCUGAUGACAUGCUUAUAAAGCUUUGGGACUGGGAAAAGGGAUGGGCGUGCACUCAGAUCUUCGAGGGUCACUCUCAUUAUGUGAUGCAAGUGACUUUUAAUCCAAAAGAUACUAACACUUUUGCUAGUGCUUCUCUUGACCGAACUAUAAAGAUUUGGAAUCUUGGCUCUCCUGACCCAAACUUCACCUUGGAUGCACAUUUGAAAGGGGUCAAUUGUGUUGAUUAUUUUACUGGUGGUGAUAAACCUUAUUUGAUCACCGGUUCAGAUGACCACACUGCCAAGGUUUGGGACUAUCAGACGAAAAGCUGCGUCCAAACACUUGAAGGCCACACACACAAUGUUUCAGCUGUUUGCUUUCAUCCUGAACUUCCUAUUAUAAUUACUGGUUCAGAGGAUGGCACUGUCCGCAUUUGGCAUGCCACAACAUACCGACUUGAAAACACACUGAACUAUGGUCUUGAAAGAGUCUGGGCGGUGGGAUACAUGAAAGGUUCAAGAAGGAUUGGAAUUGGUUAUGAUGAAGGAACUAUCAUGGUCAAAAUAGGACGUGAGGUCCCUGUAGCUAGUAUGGACAACAGUGGUAAAAUUAUUUGGGCUAAGCAUAAUGAAAUUCAGACUGUCAACAUUAAAAGUGUUGGAGCAGAUUAUGAGGUUACUGAUGGAGAAAGGUUACCUUUAGCUGUUAAAGAAUUGGGGACUUGUGACCUUUACCCUCAGAACUUGAAACAUAAUCCAAAUGGGAGGUUUGUUGUUGUUUGUGGGGACGGUGAAUACAUCAUAUAUACAGCGUUGGCAUGGAGAAAUAGGUCAUUUGGCUCUGCAUUGGAAUUUGUUUGGUCAUCAGAAGGGGAAUAUGCUGUGAGGGAAAGUACAUCCAAGAUAAAGAUCUUCAGUAAAAACUUUCAGGAGAAGAAAAGCAUCCGCCCUACGUUUUCUGCUGAGCGCGUAUUUGGUGGAACUCUCUUGGCAAUGUGCUCAAAUGAUUUCAUAUGUUUUUAUGAUUGGGCUGACUGCAGGUUGAUUCGACGUAUCGAUGUCAAUGUCAAAAAUCUGUAUUGGGCUGAUAGUGGUGAUUUGGUGGCCAUAGCAAGUGACACAUCAUUCUACAUUCUCAAAUAUAAUCGGGAUGUAGUUACUGCACAUCUUGAUAGUGGAAGGGCAGUUGAUGAUCAAGGUGUUGAAGAUGCUUUUGAGCUUCUGUAUGAAAUAAAUGAAAGGGUUAGGACUGGAAUAUGGGUGGGGGAUUGCUUCAUCUAUAAUAACUCUUCUUGGAGACUGAACUACUGUGUUGGUGGUGAGGUCACAACAAUGUUCCAUUUGGACCGACCCAUGUACUUGCUUGGAUAUCUUGCUAACCAGAGUAGGGUGUACCUCAUUGACAAAGAAUUCAAUGUGAUGGGGUAUACUUUACUCCUUAGCUUGAUUGAGUACAAGACACUUGUGAUGCGUGGUGAUAUUGAGAGGGCAAAUGAAAUCCUUCCUUCCAUUCCAAAGGAGCAUCACAACAGUGUGGCGCGCUUUCUGGAGUCACGAGAUAUGGUGGAGGAAGCAUUGGAAGUUGCUACAGACCCUGAUUACAGAUUUGAGUUAGCAAUACAAUUAAGGAAACUAGAAAUUGCACAGGAAAUCGCCUCAGUAGCUCAGAGUGAGUCAAAGUGGAAGCAGUUGGGAGAACUUGCCAUGUCCUCUGGCAAGUUAGAUUUGGCCGAGGAGUGCUUGAAGCAGGCAAAUGACUUGAGUGGUUUGUUGCUAUUAUAUUCUUCAUUUGGAGAUGCUGAAGGCUUAUCAGAUCUUGCUUCUCGUGCCAAAGAGCAUGGGAAGAACAAUGUUGCUUUUGUCUGUCUGUUUAUGUUGGGAAAAUUGGAAGAGUGCCUCCAGUUGUUGAUUGACAGCAACCGGAUUCCUGAGGCUGCACUUAUGGCGCGAUCUUAUCUUCCUAGUAAGGUGUCGGAAAUUGUUGCAAUCUGGAGAAGAGAUCUUAAUAAGGUUAACCAGAAAGCUGCUGAAUCUUUGGCUGAUCCUGAAGAAUAUCCAAAUAUGUUUGAUGACUGGCAAGUGGCACUCGAAGUUGAAAGCAAAGUUGCCAAAACAAGGUUUAACUAUCCUCCAGCCAGUGAAUACUUGAACCAUGCUGAGAGACCCAACAUCAGUCUGGUUGAGGCUUUUAGAAACAUGCAAAUUGAUGAGGAGCCGGCACUUGAAAAUGGCGCGUUAGAUCAUGAGGAACAGAAUGGUGAUGAGUUGCAGGAGGAGACAGGUGAUGCAGAAGAGGACAGGCAAAUAGAGGGUCAAGAAGAGGCUGUUGUGGUGGAUGCCGAAUCGACAGACGGUGCAGUACUCGUUAAUGGCAACGAGGCUGACGAAGAGUGGGGUACGAAUCAUGAAGGAAAACCGUCAGCCUAAAAGCAAUUGGUUGGGCCGUUGUGAAAAUCCUAGUUUUGUUGCUGUGCUCACACCCCGUCAUUAGUACCCUAUCUGGACACUUGGUUCCUGCUGCAUUUAAUUUCUUGAGGUUUAAAAGCAGAAAUGGGAGAGAGAGAAGAGUAGGAGGGAACCUGGUGUCUCUUUUGUUGGUGGUGUGAUCUAAUGUAGCAACAAUGAUUUUUGUCAGGACGUAUACUGUAGACAGUGGUUUAAAAGACUUAAAUUAGUUUAGUCGCUUACAGCUUGAUUUUAAUUCUUUUGAGGCAUCAAUUUUUCCAUGGAAUUCAUUUUGCUCCAUUGUGAAUGUAAAACAGAUAAUAUCAGGUUGAGAAUACCCCUUUCACGCCUAUGGAAUGUUGUAUACUUGUGUUCAUUUGGAGUCUGUCUUACACAUACUUCUCAUUUGGAGGAAAGAAAUCAGUUUGCAAGUCGAACACAAUUGAGGAAUAAUUUACAAACAGGUGUAAGUUACCCGAAAAUUUUCUCCAUCAAGGGAUCAUGACUAUGUGCAUAUAAGUAUGUUUUUGUGCGUCUUAUUUUCAAGCACAUUGAGAACAGAAAAGUGUGGUUCCUUUUUUCUUAGUCAAAAGUCUUUCGAAAUAUUAAAUGCAUUAUAGAUAGGGAGUGCUGAUUAUGUGGGGUUCUAAUUAUGAAAAUCAACUUGAUUCUUGGCAAAUCAUCUAGCCACAGUCCAGCUAGAAAGAAAAAUCAGUCCACUUAAAAAAAAAAAGAAAAAGAAAAUCGUUCAUGAACUAUUUAGGCUGACGCCGUAUUGGAAUUUGGGUUCCCGAUAAUUAUGUCAUUACUAGUGAAUACCCCAUUUGCUUUGACGAAGGAGAUAAAUUUCAGUCGGUCCCUUUUUGUUUUGAUCCAAAAUUAGUUAUACCAGUAUGUCGGUUUACGUAAAAAGAUGGAAUAGUAGGCAAAAUAAUGCUACGUAACGAUAAAAAACUUUCUAUCUUCUUUUUGAUAUUAAUUUGAAAAUUGGUCGCAUGCACCGUACCAGUGAAGUAUUUUACUAUUCUCUCGUGUUCUUAUUGUAAGAUAACUUAAUUUAUUUUAAAUUUUAUUUAAUAUACUUUUUUUAAUUGAAAAUAAAAUAUUAAAAAUAUUUUAUAAUAAUUUAGAGAACAUAAUAGAUAUGAACAUA